AUGGCUACCUCUAAGUAUACGGGUCCAUGGACCGCCCCCGCAGUCCGCUCUCAGUUUUUUGACUACUUCCGCUCGAAAGGCCAUACAUAUGUCCCCUCUUCCUCAACCAUACCAUAUGAGGAUCCGACGCUACUGUUCGCCAAUGCCGGGAUGAACCAAUUCAAAGCCAUCUUUUUGGGCACGGUGGACCCGCACUCCGAGAUGGCCAAGUGGAAGCGUGUCUUCAACAGCCAGAAGUGCAUUCGUGCUGGCGGGAAACACAACGACCUGGAUGAUGUCGGAAAGGACUCGUAUCACCACACUUUCUUCGAAAUGCUGGGCAACUGGUCAUUCGGAGAUUACUUCAAGAAAGAGGCCAUCCAAUACUCUUGGGAGCUCCUCACCGAGGUGUACAAGCUCCCCAAGGAUCGUUUGUACGUAACGUAUUUCGAAGGCGACGCGAAAAAUGGAUUGGUUCCCGACGAGGAAGCCCGCCAGUACUGGCUAGAUCAAGGAGUUUCGGAAGAUCACAUUCUCCCUGGGAAUGCGAAAGACAACUUCUGGGAGAUGGGUGCGACUGGCCCUUGCGGGCCCUGCAGUGAAAUACACUUCGACCGGAUCGGUGGUCGUAACGCUGCCCACCUGGUUAAUCAGGAUGAUCCCGACGUCCUUGAGAUCUGGAAUAACGUGUUCAUCCAAUUCAACCGCGAAGAAGAUGGAUCAUUGAAGCAUUUACCAUCUAAACAUGUUGACACCGGAAUGGGAUUUGAGCGACUCGUAUCUGUGCUGCAGGAUGUCCGCUCGAAUUACGAUACCGACGUAUUCCUGCCGAUCUUCGAUAAGGUGCAGGAGCUCACAGGUGUUCGCCCUUACGGGGGGAAAUUUGGUGCCGAGGAUGUGGAUGGAAUUGAUACAGCCUAUCGUGUCGUGGCUGAUCACGUACGGACAUUGACGAUGGCGCUCAGUGACGGUGGUGUACCGAACAACGUUGGCCGUGGCUAUGUUCUUCGCCGAAUUCUCCGUCGUGGUGCACGGUACGCACGCAAAAAGUUGGGAGUGGAGAUUGGUUCCUUUUUCUCGUCGUUAAUGCCGGUGGUUAUCGAGCAAAUGGGAGAUAUAUUCCCCGAAGUACGGAAACGGCCAGACGAAAUCAAGGAGAUUCUCGAUGAGGAGGAAGAGUCGUUCUCGAGAACCCUCGACAGAGGGGAGAAGCUAUUCGAGCAAUACGCCACUCGCACCCAGCAGAGCGGCGAGAAGGAUUUGAGCGGAAAGGACGUCUGGCGCUUGUACGAUACGUACGGCUUCCCGGUCGAUUUGACCUUGUUAAUGGCCGAGGAGCUCGGGCUCGGCGUCAACCAGGCAGAGUUUGAGGAGGCUCAAGCAGCGUCAAAGGAGGCAAGCAAGGCUUCGUUGAAGAAGGGCGCGGCCGACGUUGUGAAGCUCGACGUGCAUGACAUCGCUGCUUUGGAGACAAAUCCCGAUGUUCCGAAGACAGAUGAUUCGGCAAAGUUCAACCAAGGGAACAUCACCGCCGAAAUCAAGGCUAUCUACUACAACAAGCAAUUCCUACCCUCCUCCUCUGGCAUUACCGAAGGAACCACGUUCGGUCUCCUGCUGGACCGCACCAGCUUUUAUGCCGAAGCCGGUGGCCAGGAAUACGACACCGGGAACAUUGUCAUAGACGGCGUUGCAGAUUUCGAGGUCACUAACGUACAGACUUUCAACGGAUACGUCCUGCAUAUCGGGCACCUGAAGUACGGCAACCUUGAGGUGGGGAACCAAGUAGUCAGCUCUUAUGACGAGUUGCGACGUUGGCCAUUGCGCAACAAUCAUACUGCCACCCAUAUCCUCAACUUUGCUCUGCGUGAGGUCCUCGGCGACCACAUCGACCAAAAAGGAUCGCUGGUUGCACCGACGAAGCUUCGCUUCGACUUCUCUCACAAAGCUGCGAUUGCCUCUGACGAACUCACUCGGAUCGAGUCUAUCAGCAAAGACUGGAUCAAGAAGAACGUGAAGGUGUACAGUAAGGAGCUCGACUUGAAGACUGCCCACAGGAUACCUGGACUGCGAGCCGUUUUCGGCGAGUCGUAUCCGGAUCCUGUUCGAGUAGUCACGCUGGAGUACGACGUCGAAGAGAUAGCGAAGGAUAUCGAGAAUCUGAAGUGGAGGAGCACGAGUGUUGAAUUCUGCGGUGGAACGCACGUUGCAAAGACGGGCGAUAUCAAGGACUUCAUCAUCACUGAGGAAUCCGGUAUCGCUAAAGGUAUCCGUCGAGUCAUUGCCGUCACCGGCCACGAAGCGGCAGCUGCCAAUCGUUGUGCUGAAGAGAUGAAGGCCAAGCUGGAUCGUAUCGAGGGUUUGGAUGGAAAGGAGAAGGACGUUGCAUUGAAGACAUUCCCUAUUGAGCUUGGGCAAAUGGACAUGUCCGUAGUUAUCAAAGGCCAAUUGCGCGACCGGCACGCGGCGAUUCGUAAGACCUUCGACAAGCAGACAAAGGAUAAGGAAGCGGCUGCAAGUAAAGCGGCUGUAGAAGAAUUGACCAGUCACUUUGACAAGAAUCCAUCGGAAGGCAGCUACUUUGCCAAUAUUGACGUGAACGGCAACAUGAAGAUACUGCAAUCCGUUGUACUGCAAGGCAAGAAGCUUGGCAAGGCUAUCUACGUUUUCAGUGUCGACAAAGAAGGCAGCAAGGUGGUGCAUGUUAAUCACUCCCCUGCGGAAGCCAGGUCGAAGGGUUUGGAUGCCCGAACAUGGGCAACUAAAGUCGCUGAGGUUCUAGGCGGCAAGACCGGCGGGAAAGAGGACGGUGCGCAAGGAGUGGGGACGGAAACGGACAAAGUGGACGAAGCGAUUGCUGUAGCACGUCUGCACUACACCAGCAUCGCGCAGUAGGUGGUACUUGGUAGAAGGAACUAGACCCAGAAUCCAGUUGUCGUCUUUCGCAUUGCUUUCCUUUCUUCAGGCUGUAAUCACAUAGCAUAACAAUGAAUACGAUACGGAUGGGAGAGUGGAUCAC